AUGAUCUGUUUGAAGAUACUGGAGGCCCAAAUACUUGCGGAUAUUCAGCCGAUCCAGGUUGCCUGGAAGAUAGACGGUCGAGAAAUGUCGCAAUCGGAAAGAAUCGAAAUGUCCUUCGUACAGGAUACCGGAAUAGCGCGUCUUGUUAUCCGGAAACCAAGUCAGCCGGACUCGGGGGAGUACACAUGCGUGGCAACUGGCGAGGUGGUUGAGCCGACGUCAGGAAGGAGGGUCUCCAAGACCAUCAUGUCCAGCUCUGCCGUCCUCGUUGAGGGUGAGCAUACUUUUUCACUAUUUACUUGCGACACUUGCUCUAAUACUCGGACAUCUCGUUCUCCUGCCUCAUCCAUUCUGUUUAUCAGUACGUCAUUCGAGGCUCAGAUUCUGGCCGAUGUUCAGCCAAUUCAAGUGACCUGGAUGGUGGGUGAUCGGGAAUUGGUGCAGUCGGAUCGUGUUGAGAUGACGUACCUGGAGGACACCGGAGUGGCGCGUCUUGUGAUCCGCAAAGCCAGCCAACCAGACUCCGGUCAGUACACCUGCAUGGCUACGGGAAUGGUGGUGGAGCCGACGACGGGAAGGCGUCUCUCGAGGACGAUCACUUCCACUGCUGCUGUUCUGGUUGAAGGUAGCGUUUUAAUUUACAUCUUGCUUUUAUAUUGUUUUGUUUUGUCUAUUACUCAAUAUCUAAAAUGUUAA